AAAACGGGACGAAUUCCUCUGGCAAACUCACUCGCUACAUUUCACUCGGUACAGACUCAAUGGCUACAUUUCAGCGUGUUGUCCCUUCUUAUGAAUUUGCGUUCAUUAAAAUUGUAAAAAUCGAGAAAUGGUAGCGGUUUGUGGAAUGCGCCAACUUUGCUCGUGCAUAGUGCGUGUACACGAUUGAACAUCACACCAUGUUGUUGUACAUGUGUGAUCGUGUAGUCCGCUGUAAUCUUUGAACUCUACGAUUAAUCGAUCUUCAAUUUAAUUCAAAUUGUUUUCUCUAUAUUAAAAUAAAAAAUUAAAAUCGGUGUUUGAAGUUCUGUUUGUCCAUAUUGAUCCGUAAAGCUUUUGGUUAUCCCUACAUCCUUAGUUCUUAACCACAAUGUUCUUAACUUAGUUUUGUUAAGUAUUAAACUUAUUAUUGCAAGUGAAAAUCGCAUUGAUUGUUAGUAUUGAAGUGAACUCCAACAUAGUCUGUACCACAAAUAUUUGCAAACUUCCGGGUUUUUCUAGAGGAGUUUAAUAUUUUAUUCUGCUUGAUUUUUUGCACCAGCGCAUUAAUAGCACAACAACAACAAGGCGAAAUACAUAACGACUUUAUCUAAAAAAGCAGUUUUGAAUACGAGUUGCAAUGGCUACAAAGUGUACACGUCAACUACUCUCCGAUGUGAAUAGCUGUGACCUGCCUGAUUUCAUUAAGAAACUAGUUAACAAAAUAUGCGACUUUUACGAUGAGCAGGAUUAUAUAGAUGUAACAUUUAAGUUGUCUAAUCCCAUUGCUAUGAUUCCAGCACAUCGCUUGAUACUGUCAGCAGCAAGUCCUUACUUCAACGAUCUUUUCAAAAGCGAACAUGGCCUAGCUCCUGUUAUCGAAUUGAACGACAUAGAUAGUGACACCUUUGAGCGUCUUAUGACAUUUUGCUACACUGGCAAAACGCUAAUAACCAUCGAAAAUGUGGACUUAAUGCUGAAGGCGGCAAUGGUUUUGCAAUUAUGUGAUGCGGUUCUCAGUUGCGUUGAUUAUAUUUUGGAGCAUAUAACUGAGUAUACACUUAAGCGGGCUUAUGACUUAGAGCGUGAAACUCAGUGUAUACAACUGUAUGAGAAACUCUUAAAAUAUGAAAUAGAGAAUUUUAUCGAGGUGAGUCAGAGCGCUGAGUUUUUAAAUUUCAGUACUGAGAAGUUACAAGCAAUCAUAGAGGCUGAUAAUUUGAAUGUGAGUUGUGAGCAAGACGCCUUCCGUGCGAUAAAACGAUGGUAUGAGUACGAUGCCUCUGCACGUCAAAAAGAACUGCCAGUUCUAAUCGAUUGCUUACGUCUUACGCAACUCGACGUAUGCUUUUUAAUGGAGAACGUUCAAACAUUGCCAGGAUGUGAAGUGUUGGCAUUAAGAGCACUAUCGUGGAUAGGUUUUCCAUCAGCACGUUCGAAAGUAUCAUUAAAAUUUUCAGCAGCACGAGAAAAUGUGUGCAACAAACCGGUAUUGUUAGCGGUGCAAGUGUCGGAAAAUUUGUCUUGCAGCGGUCCUUAUACAGGUGCGGUCACAAACAUUUUUCAAUAUGACAAAGCUGAAGAUGAAUGGCACAUAUACGCCGACAUAGAAACCUCUGAUUGGAAGAACUACGGUCUGGAACUCUUUGACAAUAGUCUAAUGUUUAUUGGUGGUAAAUGCGAUGGCGAAGAAGUCAGAACUGUUAAAAGCUGGAGUUUUACGACGAAAACGUGGAUAACGUUGCCCCCAAUGGGUCGGGCAAGGAGUUUUCCAGUCGUUUUAUCAUUAAAUAAAAGUAUCUACGCCAUUGGCGGACAAUAUGAUGCAUCAGUGGAAAGGUAUUCGCCUGUUAGCGGAUGGAGAUGUGUAAGCAACAUGUCAUCACAGCGUUAUAGUGCUGGCGCAGUGGUUCAUGACGGCAAAAUUUUCAUUAUGGGAGGCUGGGAUGGAAGGUCUUCCUUAAAAUCUGUUGAACGUUACGACCCAUCUUUGAAUUCUUGGACCAAGUGUGCGGAUAUGAAUGCAGUUCGUCGUUGUCCUGCAGUAGCCGUACACAAUGGAUGCAUAUAUGUUUUAGGUGGUGGGUCUGAAAUAGUUGAACGGUACGACCCACAAAGUAACAAAUGGACUAAGAUCUGCUCUUUGAGCGUUAGUUGUAACGCCAUGGCUUGUGUUUCUAUGGAUGAUCAACUGUGGGCCAUUGGAGGUAACACCACAAAUUCCGUGUCAGUUUACAACGCAGAACGUGAUGAAUGGAUCGAAAAGAAAAAAACUACCUGCACCUGUUGGUGGUUCAUACUUCUGUUAUGUUGUGCCGAAAAUGUUACUUAAAAAUUAAUAAGACGUGUGGCAGUUUAAUAAGAAGAUGCCUAUUAAAGGCGGUUUUU